AUGACGAAUAUAAAAUCAUUAGAAGAUUAUAUAGAGAAAGAGAAUAAUAAAUAUAAAUAUGCUGGUGGGCAGAAUAGUGGAAUAGGUAUAGAUGAAGGUGAUCAUAUAAUAAAUUUAUAUUUGGAUGGAUUUAUAGUGGAUGGUGGUGUAUUUAGACCAUUAUCAGAUCCAAUAAAUACAUUAUUUAUCAAUGAUGUGAAACGUGGUAUAGCACCCCCAGAAUUACAACAUAAUAAUCAUCAAAUUAAUUUACAUUUAAUUGAACAUAAUAUUAAUUAUCUUAAUAAUAAUAUUAUUAUUGAUAAAAAAAAUUAUUUAAUUGGAAAUAUUAAUACAAAUUUAAAAAUCAAAUUAUCUAAUGGAAAUUUAAUUAAUUUAACUAUAUCACAAUCGGCUACUAUAUAUGAUCUUAAAUAUUUCAUAUUACAAUAUAUUAAUAAUAAUAUGAGUAGUAUGAGUAAUAAUAUGAGUAAUAAUAUGGGUACUAGUGGUACGGUGAAUAGUAGUGUGAAUGUGGGAGAGAUAAAAUUAUUAUAUGGAUUCCCACCUAAAAAAAUAAAUUUUGAUGAUACAACUACAUUAAAAGAUGCUGAUAUUUUAAAUUGUAAUAUUAUUCAAAAAUAUUUUUAUAUCUAG